AUGUGCGCAAGAGACGCUAUUCAAGCCGCGGCUCUAAAGGGAUCACGGCGCAUCACCACCCAGAUCCAGAUCCAGAUCCACUUUGGCGGAGGAUACCUCCGCGCAACGGCGCCAUCAGCGGAUUUCGGCUACAGUGCGGCGGAGCCGCCACAAUCGCCGCCACAGCCGCCGCAGCAGCAGCAGCGGGCAGUGUCCUGCAGUCCCGCCCUCCCCAGCACACGUUUUUUUCCUCUGUCGCCGCCAACGCUGACGGCGCCGCCGCCUUGUAGUCGCAAAGGCAACACGGUGCUAAGCCCACUCGUACUCUUGCGGCCCAAGCCUCAAUGCACCGACCCAUCUGCCGUACCGCUGUCGCAUUCCUUGGGCGCCGCCGCCGCUGCCCGAUCGAUAGGCGGCUCGGCCGCCGCCGCCGCCGCCAGCCGCGCGGGGUCCGCGGUGCGUUCCUGGAGCUUCACGCAGAGCCUUCGGGGCUUCGCGGCCCUGCCGCCUGCACUGGCGCCGCCGGCGCCGGCGCCGCUGGCAACUGCCUCAACAGCGGCUGCAGCGCUAGCGGCGCCGCCGCGGCGGCAGCUCUCCGUGCAGCCUGAGGCCGCUGUGUAUUCGGGUCCGUCGCCCCGCAACCCCUCACGCGUCACUCUAAGGACCAUCAGAAAGAAGUACGAGCUAGGCGAGCCGCUAACGAUGGUCACGGCGUACGAUUAUCCCUCAGCCGUACAUGUAAGGCAGGAACGGGAGGCCCCCUGCCGCCGCAUAGCCCUCAAAAUGCCGAUCCAGACGCGACCGCGGAUGUCGUACAUCAUCAUCGUCGAGGCCGCCGGCAUUGACAUCUGCCUUGUGGGCGACUCAGUGGCUAUGGUGGUGCACGGUCACGAUACGACAUUACCGAUUCGGUUGGACGAGAUGCUCUCCCACUGUCAGGCGGUUGCUCGGGGGGCGAGGAGGGCCUUUCUGGUGGGUGACCUGCCUUUCGGAUGCUACGAGACGGACGCACGGGAUGCCGUACGUUCGGCGGUACGGAUGCUCAAGGAGGGGGGCAUGGACGCGGUUAAGCUUGAAGGUGGUAGCCCCGCCCGCGUGGAGGCCGCCCGGGCCAUUGUGGAGACCGGGGUGGCGGUGAUGGGCCACGUGGGUCUUACCCCGCAAUCCGUUAGCGUCAUUGGCGGCUUCCGGCCCCAGGCGCAGGUGGCGGAGGAGGCUCUGCGGGUUAUGGACCAGGCACAGGCACUGCAGCGAGCUGGCUGCUUCGCCCUCGUGCUGGAGUGCAUACCCGGGCCCAUAGCGGCCGCCAUCACCCGUACAGUGUCCGUACCCACCAUCGGCAUCGGAGCGGGAGGAGAAUGCAGCGGACAGGUGCUUGUGUAUCAUGACCUGCUGGGUAUGAUGACGCACCCCCACCACGCCAAGGUGACGCCCAAGUUCUGCAAGCAGUACGCGAGGGUGGGGGACGCCAUCGGGGCCGCUCUGCAGCAGUACCGGCGGGAGGUGGAGGACAGGACGUUUCCGGGACCGCGAUACUCGCCGUACGCCAUUUCCGACCGUGAGCCAGGGGUGGAGCUGCUGGCGGGGGCUCUGCGCAAGCGGGGACUGGAGGAGGCGGCGGAGGCGGCGCUGUCUAUCCACCUCUCGGGGUCAUCGCCUCCAUCAGAGGACAAUCAGCUCAACAGCAGCAAACCCAUCAUGCUGUCAGCACCAGCACACUAUUCAUCCAAUAACAGGUCUUAG